AUGAUUAGAAGAAUCUUUUGGAAUGUGAAGAAUUCAUUUUUUGGAGCAGGAAUGCUUAUAUUGAUCCCAGUUCAAUUCAUGUAUUUCCCAGUUUUACUUGGAGUCCCAACAUAUGCAGCAACUGUAUUGUAAUCUGGUUUAACAUAUUAUGAUGAAUAUGACGGAGAUGUUAAUGAAGGAAAUUAUUAUAAAACAAAAAGUGCAUGAUCAUUAUAAAUCAAAUAAAUUAUUCAAGCAUUAUUUA